CAGCAGCCCAGCAAAGCGGGAGGAGAGGGAGAGGCAAAAUGACAGAGGAGAGAGCAGUGACACUGUGAUAGGCAAUGGGAUUGUCAUUAGCACAGGGAGCACAGGACCAGGCAAGUCGGAUAAAGCUAGGAGGAAGAAGAAGGCAGUGACAAGACGUGUGAUAAUAGCGGGACCGCAGUAAUAACUGGAAGAAGACCUAGAACGACGGUGACAAGAUCCGGGCUGGGGACGGCGGAGUAAUAGGGGCACAGAAGAAAGCAGCACCGAGACAAUCCCCAGAGUCAAAGGAUGGACAGUGACAUAUGAGGGAGUGACAGUGGGCGGAGGGCAGGUCUGUGGCUGCACUAACCUCACACCGACUGGAUGAGCCUGGGCUGUACAUAGAGCUGCGGCACCCCGGCGCAGGACAGCGCUUUCCGGUAGCACAUAGUGUUUGCGGAGCGCCACAGAGAAGCGGGAGACAGGGAAGGAGAGACGAGAAGGAGACAUAGCCCGCUGGCCUGGGUAGAUACAUGUGAAUAUGAGGGCUCUUGUACCCUUUAAGCAGACUCUGCGCUGGCAGUAAGAAUGCGCCAGGACGAACAGCAGCCGCUGCAGGCUCAGUGGGACCUGUGUAUAGGAGCUUGGCCUGGGACUCAGGGAGGGGAACCUGUACCAUCAACGAGAGAGAGUCUUACCCGGAAUGUGGGCUUGGCACUCCAGCCUUUGUCUCUUACUUGUACUGCUGCUUCUCUCUUAUAGAGCUUAGACUCCACUACAGGCUUCUGUGGCCAGUUGGGUGCCCAGCUUUUACUAGCUAAUGGCCACUCACCCCUGAACCAGUCAACUGCACAUCUCUUUUGUCCAUUGCUUCUGCUGUUUCUGUCAUUCUCAGUCUCUAGUAGCACAUCUGGUCCACUGUACCAUCAUGGAGCCUUGGAGGCAGUGUGCCCAGUGGCUGAUCAGAUGUAAGGUGCUCCCCCCCAAUCACAGGGUGACAUUGGACACAGCACAGGUGUUUGACCUGGCCCAGACUCUCCGGGAUGGAGUGCUUCUUUGCCAGCUGCUUAAGAACUUACAGGGCAACUCCAUCAACCUGAAAGAAAUCAACUUGCGACCACAAAUGUCCCAGUUUUUGUGUUUGAAGAAUAUCCGAACCUUUCUGUCUGUGUGCUGCGAUGCAUUCGGUAUGAAGAAAAGUGACCUUUUUGAAGCUUUUGACUUAUUUGAUGUCCGGGAUUUUGCAAAGGUGAUCGAGACUUUAUCCAAGCUAUCCCAUACAACCAUUGCUUUGUCAGCUGGCAUAAGGCCAUUCCCUACAGAGGAAAGUGUUCAGGAUGAAGAUAUUUACAAAGCUCUGCCAGAUUUAAUUGAUGAAUCUGGAGCAGAUGAAGAUGAUGAGUUGUACUAUGACUGCGUUUAUCAGGAAGAUGAAGGAGGGGAAGUUUAUGAAGAUCUGAUGAAGGCUGAAGCUGCUUUGCCCAAUAGGUCAGCUGAGAGUGAUGUUCGGAGCUGCUGUUUGCUAGAAAUUAAACAGACUGAGGAAAAAUAUUCAGAGACAUUAGACUCAAUUGAAAAGUUCUUCAUGGAACCCUUGAAAAAUUUUCUGGCACCAACAGACAUGCAGAAGGUGUUCAUUAAUAUUCCUGAAAUGGUAGAGGUACACAGGAACUUGGUGAAUCAAAUUAAGGACUCUGUCAACCACCGGAAUAGCCAGAACCUUUACAUGAUUUUCCUUACAUACAAGGAAAGACUUCUAAUCUAUGGGGAAUAUUGCAGCCAAGUAGAAUUAGCCAUAUCUGUUUUGGAUAACAUCUCCAAGACCAGAGAGGAUGUCCGAUUAAAACUGGAGGAAUGUUCCAAACGAGCAAAUAAUGGAAAAUUCACCCUGAGAGAUCUCUUGGUAGUCCCAAUGCAGAGAGUUCUGAAAUACCAUCUACUACUUCAAGAGCUGGUAAAGCAUACCACAGAUCCUACAGAAAAAAAUAACCUGCGUGUUGCUCUGGAUGCAAUGAAGGACUUGGCUCAGUAUGUAAAUGAAGUGAAAAGAGACACAGAGACACUGCGGGAAAUUGAGCAGUAUCAACAUUCCAUCGAGAAUUUGAAUCAGCCUAUGUCUCAGUAUGGAAGGCCAAAGAUCGAUGGAGAGAUAAGGAUCAGUACACUUGACAAGAGAGCACGACAGGACCGGUAUAUAUUCCUUUUUGACCAAGCUGUCAUUGUAUGCAAGAGAAGAGGGGAUAAUUAUGACAUGAAAGAGAUUAUAGAUCUACAGAAAUACAAGAUAACUAACAAUCCUUCUACAGACAAGGAGAACAAGAAGUGGUCCUAUGGAUUCUAUCUUACACACAUCCAGGGACAAAAUGGCUUUGAAUUCUUCUGCAAAACUAAAGACUUAAAGAAGAAAUUACUAGAACAGUUUGAAAUGGCAUUGUCCAAUAUUCGUCCAGACAAUGCAACAGCAAAUUAUCAUGAGUUUCAGAUGCACUCAUUUAAAAGUGUUACAUCUUGUAGAGUCUGUCAGAUGCUACUAAGAGGAACAUUCUUUCAGGGGUACCUCUGCCAGAAGUGUGGGACUGGCGCCCAUAAAGAGUGCCUGGGAAGAGUGGACACUUGUAGACGUGCAGAUUCUGGGACUUUGAAGCAUGAGAAACAAAAUGGACCCCGAAGACCAGUUAAAAACCCUGACCCAGAUGUAUUCAGCAUAUCAUUGCACCUGCCAAUGCCUGCUGUAGAAAUUCCUGUAACACAUGAAGGUUUGCCAAAGAUGAAAGUAAUAAGAAACUACAGUGGAUUUCCCUCACCACCAGUACACAGCGGGCCCUCUCUCAGUAUGCAGAUAGGAGAUACCAUUGAAGUCCUGAGAGCUGAUCCACACAUCUUAUUCUGGCAGGGUAGGAAUUUAGCCACAGGGGAGCUUGGCUUCUUCCCAAGUGAUACUGUUAAGCCCAGUCCAUGUGUCCCAAAACCCGUGGAUUAUUCUGGGCAGCCUUGGUAUGCAGGAGCUAUGGAAAGGGUGCAGGCGGAGAGUGAACUAAUCAGCAGAGAGAACAGUACCUACCUCAUUCGGCAUAGGACAAAGGAAAGCGGGGAGUAUGCAAUCAGUAUAAAGUACAACAACGAAGUCAAGCACAUCAAGAUAUUAACGAGAGAUGGCUUUUUCCACAUUGCAGAAAAUAGGAAAUUUAAAAGUUUAAUGGAGCUGGUAGAGUAUUACAAACAUCAGUCGCUCCGGGAAGGGUUUAGGAGUUUAGACACAAAACUUCUUCUGCCCUAUAAGUUUCCUGAGAACCACACUGGACAUGCUUGCAACCGGACCUCAGGAUCACUUUUCAGCCCAAAGGUUCUAGGUAUUGCCAUUGCUCGCUAUGACUUCUGUGCACGUGAUAUGAGGGAGUUAUCCCUUUUCAAAGAAGACGUUGUGAAGAUAUAUACAAAGUCAGGCACCAAUGGCUGGUGGAGAGGGGAAUCUAAUGGAAAGGUCGGUUGGUUUCCUUCCACAUAUGUAGAAGAAGAUGAAUGAAGAAUACACUUUAUGGAAGACUUAAGUGCAAGAUCCUUAUGUGAGUCUCUGUAGAAUAAGUCUGUCCACCAUUUUGCAGAAUCCAUUUCCAGAGGGCAGGGUGCAGCAGUUUUGAAGCUAUUUUUUCCUGGUAAACUGGAUAAACAAAGGAUUGGAUCUGUCAGUGUUGAUUAAUGUGCACCUUGCAAAAGGAAGAGGGCAAAGGAGCACGAGGAGCGUCCUUCAUGGUAUACAGCCAUAUUGAUACCAACCUUCUGGAACCGAGGGGGUUACUGAUCCAAGAGACUCAUUAUAAAAUAUAUCUCUUGCUUAUUCUUAUGCAAAAUACAUUUUGGAGUGAAAAAAUCAAUUUGCAGUUUUUUGAAGAAGCUUUAGAAUAUGUCUGCUCGAGUGAAGGCUGUGAAAAUUAAAAUUGUGGCUAGGCAAAUACCCUCAAGGGAACCUAUCAUUCAAAAUGCAGUGUCACUGAGUACAGAACAGCAGUACAGCACUUUCCAGACCAUGAAUUUAAGGCUUAAACCAUAACUACACGUGUAAUAUUUACCUGUUCUUGCUUAAUAGGUAAGUUAGUUUAGGGUAAUGGCAUAUGAGCCUAGCCUGUAAGGUUGAUACAAAAGAUUACCUACAUGAAGGUCAGCCAGGACUGCAUCAAUAUACAACCCCAUUCCUCAAAUCCUUUCUGUUGGUUUUUUGUUUCAGUGGAAAUUGCUCUCAAACUAUUCUACAACAGUCUUACUCUUUCUACCUAUAUGUAGCAAAGCAGACUGCUGGCUACACAUCUUCUAGCCAACAGGCCAGUGUUUUCAGGAAAAUGCAACAAUCUCAUCUGACAGACUUGUAGCUGGGGAAAAUUCAUCUUGAUAUAUUUCUCAUGGAAAUAAAUAAGGCAGCAAAAAAAAGCCAGUUAUCCCUAACUCUAAAAAUUCUAAUAUUACACAUUCCAGCAGUAAUAGCUUCACUUAAAUCUUGGACCCAAAACCCCUUUCUGCAUAUAUAUAAAUGUUUAUCGAGUAAUGUUCACUAGAUCCAGAGCCACAGUUCUUAAAAUAUAUUGCAAGGUGGUGGCCAGAGUGGAUAGAAUAUAUCGUAAUGAUAUGGUCUAUUGUGCAUUCAUUGACAUUGGCUUAUUUUCUAGCCACUAAUGAAAAGCAUAAAGGGAAAACACCAGGCAGCUGAUAUAUAAACCCAUGUGUUUUGUUUUGUUCAUCAUUAUCCAAAUACAACUCCGGACAAAAUCCAGUGUAUAUGUACCCUCCGAUUGUGUCCAAGUCCAUUGUUGCCAUACAUGCCUGAAUCACACUAGGGAAAGAGCAAAACAAGUAUUGUUUCUCAGCUCAUUUAUUUCUGAUUUAUGACUAUAUAAAUGCAAAUGACAUCCCAUUUACCAAGUAACUUCAUCUGCAUCUUCCAAAACUAAAAAA